AUGACCAAUAUUACCUCGGAACACGUUACCUGUGCUGUUUGCUCCAAGAAAUCAAAACAAGAUAUUUUGAUCUCCACCAAUAGCAUGGGAGGUUCGGAUCUUGAUUUACGACCUCCUCCCAUGAAACGAGAUACCAUGAAUUGCUGGUUACAAAGAUGUGAGCAUUGUGGUUAUGUUUCUUAUGAUAUCAGUGUUUUGCCUGAGAAUGAUGAAGGUCGUGAAGGCGUUUCCUUGGAGAAGGUAAAAGAAAUUAUUGAAUCCGAUGAUUAUGUUGAGCAAUUGCAUGAUAGUUCAUUGUCUCGAUUGGCGAAUACUUUCUUGUGUUAUGCAAUCUUACAAGAUAAGGGAUUUGGAAAUUAUGCAGCAAGUGGAUGGGCAUCUCUUCGUGCUGCUUGGGUUUGCGAUGACGGAGUUAUUCAUGACAAGUUCAAUGAAGAGAAACAUUUGAACAAUGCUGUAAGAUGCAGAAAGAAGGCAAUUUAUUGGUUUGAAAAGUGCCGAUCAUUGUCAAUUCCUUUUGUUCAACAAAAAGGAACAGAAGAAAUGAUUUUAACUGAUCUUUUCAGAAGAUGUCGAAUGUGGGAUGAUGCAGACAAGGAACUUCAACGAGCGCAAGUCUUUAAGGAUGAAAUUGAUGAUUUUGUGUGGAAAUUAAUUGAGUAUGAAAUGUAUCUUGUGAAGAAACAAGAUACUGAAUGCCACAAAGUCAGUGAUGCGCAACUGAACUUUCAUAAGGAUGGUGAUGCAAGUGUAACCAACGAGCACAAUACUGCUCCGAAAAAUAGUAGGGAAUAA